AUGUAUCCUACACCCCCUACGACCUGGAGUGGCCGCAGUAGGCACGCCGGUUCCUCGGGAGACGAUUCGUCAGCAUCAACUGGGUCCCGCAUAGAUUCUAAUGAUCCCUUCCGAGUAGGAGGACCAGGACCCCUGCCCGUAUGGCCACUAGAAACUGGAAGCCCACAGCAGAUAUCAGCACAGCUUGCUGAGAGGUUAGUAAACCUCGCAAUUUUACACCUCGAACGAUUUAGUCUAGGAGAUAUCUAUCAUCGUAUUACGGUGGUUCAGCGAUACUGCAAAAAGCAUACCCCAACGCCCAGAGAUAAUACACUACUUAUAUCCCUUUACCCUUCGAGCAACUCCAACUGGGUAAUACUCCUUGAUGAGAUGAUUUCGGCCUGCGCGGAGAUAGGUUUUACUGGCAGGAUUGAAAUGAUUGAUCAUCGAGCCUUGGACGGUAUGAAAUCAUUUCCGCCUGAGGUCUCCCCACAGUUAGCCCAAGACUGGAUUGAUAUACAACAACUAGUUGCUCGUCGGCUAUCAUCCCUUAACGCUGAUUGGAAGGUGGUAAUGUUAGCCAAACGUGGCUAUUGGAAAGACGUUGCAGUAAACACCGUGCUAAUAAAGGUAUCUUUACCAUCUCACACGGCAGCAAUAUCUACCAGGGACAGCAUCGCACUUACCAUUGGUGAUUUCAUGGAUCGCCAUAAUUUACAGGUCGAAGUGGCACGGGCGGAUUAUCUCUGGGGGCUCUUUUCAACGGAAUUUGCAGGGGAUCCUAUGGCCACUUCACUCAGCUCCUCGUUUAUUAAUUCUUGGAACUUUAUGGGACUGAGCGUAGGACGCGCUGAUGGAGCCGGGACAGGGACGAUAGGAGGUUACCUUAAAUUCCUAGACUCACGUGGUCACGAGCAGGUGCUUGGGUUAACCUGUUAUCACGUUAUUCGGGCACUCCCCGGAGGGGAUCUUGAUCCCACGAUCCCAACCACUGGAUCAGUGAAUAUCAAAAUUCCUUGUCAAUCCCCUUCAAAAACUGAUCUGGACCAAGAAGUCCAUCUUGCUAUGGCAAAAGUCCCCAAGGUUGCAGGAUUGGCUUCACCAUUUUAUCAAGAGCAUUUAAAGAAGUUGGUCGAACAACGGGAUCAACGGCUAAGGGAAAUCAGCUCGUUUAAUACCAAGAUUGGGGCCUGUGUUGCCACCUCCGGAUGGAGAAACACAGAUCUUAAUCCAUCAUUUACUUCCCCUUCUAUUCUGCAAGACUGGGCGCUUGUUCACGUGAAAAACGGUCGGAUGUCUAACAAUUUUAUAGCAGAUAUCGUCGAAAUUCACCCAACUUGGAAGCCUGAAUCUGCUUGGGUCACUAAGAUAGCUAGGAUCCCUAAUACCGAAGCUCCUGUGGUCAAAAGAGGCCGUACAACAGGUAUUACCCUUGGGUGGAUCUCUGGACUUGUUCCGGCUAGAUUUCGUAUAGAAGGUUAUCCCGGUGGUCUUCAUCACCGUGGAUGGGGGGUUUUUAAUCCUUCUACUCACUUUGCGAAACCUGGUGACUCUGGAUCUUGGGUUUUGGAUAUGUCUGGCCGGGUUGUUGCCAUAGUGAUAGCAGGUGACUCUUCAGACGGGUCUACGCUGACCUUACCAAUGACGGAGCUAGUCAAAGACGUUGAAAUUAUGGUUAAGCUCCCAGCGGGUGCCUUCCAGGUUGAUAUGACGAUACCAGCAACGAGACCGUGA